ACAUGUAAGAUGGCGGUUCAUCACCGACAGACUACGGCGGGGCGGCAGAAAGUGCAGGUUUCUUAUGUAAUUAGAGAUGAGGUGGAGAAAUACAAUCGCAAUGGGGUAAAUGCAUUACAGCUGGAUCCAGCAUUGAACAGACUUUUUACUGCAGGUCGAGAUUCGAUCAUCAGAAUAUGGAGUGUAAACCAACACAAGCAAGACCCCUAUAUAGCAUCAAUGGAACAUCAUACAGAUUGGGUGAAUGAUACUGUACUUUGUUGCAAUGGCAAAACUUUGAUAUCUGCUUCAUCUGAUACUACUGUUAAAGUAUGGAAUGCACAUAAGGGGUUUUGCAUGUCAACCCUACGUACCCAUAAGGAUUAUGUGAAAGCUUUGGCCUAUGCAAAAGACAAAGAACUAGUAGCAUCUGCAGGACUGGACAGACAGAUAUUCCUCUGGGAUGUAAAUACACUAACUGCACUGACAGCCUCAAAUAACACAGUCACAACUUCUUCCCUUAGCGGAAACAAAGACUCAAUUUACAGUCUUGCUAUGAAUCAGAUGGGAACAGUAAUUGUAUCUGGGUCCACUGAAAAGGUUUUAAGGGUAUGGGACCCAAGAACCUGUGCAAAACUUAUGAAACUCAAGGGACACACAGACAAUGUUAAAGCUUUGCUAUUGAACAGAGAUGGUACACAGUGUCUGUCUGGCAGUUCUGAUGGAACUAUCCGACUCUGGUCACUUGGUCAGCAGAGAUGUAUAGCUACAUACAGAGUCCAUGAUGAAGGUGUAUGGGCACUUCAGGUCAAUGAAGGCUUCACUCAUGUUUAUUCAGGUGGAAGAGACAAAAAGAUAUAUUGUACAGAUUUACGAAACCCUGAUAUUCGUGUGCUUAUUUGUGAAGAAAAGGCACCAGUUCUUAAGAUGGAACUUGAUCGAUCGGCUGAUCCUCCUCCAGCACUGUGGGUUGCAACAACAAAGUCUUGUGUGAAUAAAUGGACUUUGAAAGGAAUCCAGAACGUUAGAGUAUCAGGUGAUUAUGACAAUGACUGUUCCAACCCCAUCACACCCCUGUGUACACAACCGGAUCAAGUUAUCAAAGGUGGUGCGAGUAUCAUUCAGUGCCACAUUCUCAAUGACAAACGACAUAUAUUAACCAAAGAUACAAACAACAAUGUGGCAUAUUGGGAUGUAUUGAAGGCAUGUAAAGUAGAAGACCUUGGAAAAAUGGACUUUGAAGAAGACAUUAAGAAAAGAUUUAAAAUGGUGUAUGUACCAAACUGGUUUUCAGUAGACUUAAAAACUGGGAUGUUAACUAUUACUUUAGAUGAGAGUGACUGCUUCACAGCUUGGGUUUCAGCCAAAGAUGCUGGGUUUAGCAGUGCAGAUGUAUCUGACCCAAAAUUGAACCUUGGGGGGCUUCUGCUGCAAGCUCUGUUAGAAUACUGGCCUAGGACACAUAUCAAUCCCAUGGAUGAAGAAGAAAAUGAGAUGAAUCAUGUGAAUGGUGAACAGGAGAACAGACUACAAAAAGGAAAUGGGUACUUCCAGGUGCCACCACACACACCAGUUAUUUUUGGGGAGGCUGGAGGACGCACUUUGUUUAG